AUGGAUAUGAACCAUUUGAUCGGGGGUUAUGCGGCUGGGUGGGCGUUAACAGCUGGCAGUCAGAGGUUCAAUCUGAUUUCCAAAAGCGAUAUUCGCUAUGUGGGCACUUUACAUGAGAUCAAUCCUGAGGCCUCGACGAUAGCUCUCGAAAAUGUGGUUUCGUAUGGCACGGAAGGAAGGCGAGGCAAUCCUGCCGAGGAAAUUGCCCCGUCGACUAGUGUUUAUGAAUACAUUGUCUUUCGAGGCAGCGAUGUAAAGGACAUCAGUGUCGCCGAGGAAGAAAAGGAGGAAGCACAAGCAAACCCGCCUCAGGUUCCUGAUGAUCCUGCUAUCCUAGGGAGUAUGUCUAGACCUGGACCAGGCCAAGGUCCGCAGGGACCGCCACAGCAGCCACCUCAAGGCCCUCGUCAGACACCUCCUGGCUAUCCCCAACAACCGCCCCAGUUCCAAGGUUUUUACCCACCUUACGGACGCGGCUAUGGGCCCCCUCCUUUCCCCCCUGGACCUGGUUUUCCCAACAUGCCCUAUGGAGCUCCGCCCGGAUGGUUUCCUCCUCCCGGACAAGGAUUCCCACAGGGACCAGGACAGUUCCCCCCUCCCCAGGUGCCUCUCGGACCCCCUGGUCCGCAGCAGCAACAUACCCCUCCUCAGCAGCAACGCCCGGGUGGGGGUCCUGUAAACCCUUCCAAGCCCACGUCAGAGUUCCCGGCUGGUGACAAGGCUUCAAGUAAGCCGGCCAGCCGAAACGUUACGCCUGCUCCUGCGGCUGCGGCGGCGGUAUCCGUGCCUCCCGUGGAAUCUAAACCAUCCGUAGCCGGAGCCGUCCAGGCAUCCUCUAAUCCUCAUGUUCCGACCAUCCCGGCUCAACCCCCAACCGGACCGAAGAACGGACGUGUGAUCCCUGCCAUCCCUCUCACCGCCGCUUCGAAGCCUCCAGUCCCUGUAACAAAUGCUCCCGGCGUCCCAGCCAACAAUGUGUCCCAGGGAACGGCUCAGUCCGCAAUCACCGAGGCUACUCGCGCGGCCACUGCAGCUGUUGCAGCCGCUAUGGCCAAGUUGCCCCAGCCAGGUGCUCAGCAGAAGAAGCCCCAACAGGGAGAUUCCAAUGUGGAUAACCUCACUAGGAAGAUGAAUGAAUUGAGGCCGUACGACGGCUCUCGGCCGCGUGGUGCUCACCAGCAACAGCAAACGCGGGGACGUGGCGGCCACCGCGGACAGCAGUAUCAGGGUCAGAAGAAGAUUGAAGUGCCCGAUACAGACUACGACUUUGAGACGGCGAAUGCCCGAUUCAACAAGCAGGAUUUGGUCAAGGAAGCCAUUGCUUCUGGUACCCCUGCGGCUGAGGUCGAGGAAGCGGCGGCUCCUGUGGAGACGGUUUCGCAUGGUGAUUAUGCCAACGGCGAACAGCCCGCACCUGCCACGUCCGGUGUGAGCUACAACAAGGCCAGCUCGUUCUUCGACAACAUCUCGAGCGAAGCACGGGACCGCGAAGAAGGCACGGGCACCCGGGCCGGCGGGCGUGAGUGGCGCGGCGAAGAAGAAAAACGCAACAUCGAGACCUUUGGUCAGGGCAGCGUCGACGGCUAUCGCAGCAACUACCGCGGCCGGGGCCGGGGACGUGGACAAGCAGGCCGGGGCCGCGGGUACGGCCGUGGAGGCUACACCAAUAAUCCUCGUGGCCGCGGUAAUUUUCGUGGUCGUCCUUCGCAGGCGACCGGAGUCCCAGCGCAGUCUGCGUAG